AUGACCUCCCCAAUUGCAAGUCAGUCCGCAAAGGGCCCCAUCUCAGAGUUCCCCGCUGACGAUCUACGAAACAGCGUUCGGUUAAUGACCACUCAUAACGAGGAAGGCAAAGGCAUUUUCUUACCGACAGAUCAUGGUGGCCACCAUGAAAUUUUGGUCAAUGGCCAUGCUGUCGCGAACAUAAUCUAUACCAAAAGCAGGAACUCGCCCAGCAUUCAUAUCAAGAACGGAACGGUAGUCAGCUUAUCGAUUUCGCUCCAGGCUUGGACUCGCCAAUGCACCGUGCAAUGUCUCGACUAUGGUAUUGUGAUUAAAGACGAACUGGAGAUCACUCUCGACAAUGAUGAGUCUCGUAUUAUGAGGCCAGGAGACGUCUCAGUGCAGAGAGCCACGAUGCACAAAUGGCGUAACUGUUCGAAGGAACAAUCUGCUCGUGCAGUAUUUGUCCUUCUAGACUGUGAGCCUUUCAGCGUCAACGGCGCCGAGGUGAAGGAAUAUCCUGGAGAUCUAGCAGGGAAUAUAAAGAGCACUAGGCAACUAGCGCAAGGGCUUCAUCAAGCUGCUAAUACUCUCAAGCUAUUGAAAGAGAGUUUACUUGCGUCAAUAACAUCAAGCAAAUAA